UAGUGCUAUAUAUUAACCUAAUACAAAUUUUAUGCUAAGAAAAAUGAGAAAGGAGAGAAAGACAAAUGGAAAGAUAUAUGGCAAGGAGAUGGAGGAAACAAAGAUUUCCUCUAAUGUCCUCCAACCACACACCCACACAAACACAAUUCAACCUCUUUCCACAAUUAACCCCUCCUUUUUUCCCCUUCCAUAUAUGGGGUUUUAUUUAAGUACCCCCAUCCACAUUAUCCCUCUUGAUAAAACUGACCAAGUACUCUCAGCAUGUUCAAUAAGUGUGUGUAUAUAUGGAAUAUUUCAAAGAUUUGAUUUUUUGAUGUGGGUUUGAGUUUUCUUGGAAUUUUGUGGCUUUUUUCCUUGGUGGGUAUGUGCUAGUGAAUAGAGAUGAAAAGGUCUAUAGAGGGUUUCAAUGGAAUUAAUUUUGUUGAUCAAGAAGAAUCCCAAGUGAAGCUCAAGCAGAAAAAUCUGUUAAAUGAGUUAUUAGAACUGCAAAAGGAUUUUGUUUCCAAGAAGAGGAAGUUGCAGGCUGCAAAGCUGAGGAGAGAUAACAUAUUGGGUGAAAUACUAUUUUUAAAGCGGAGGCGUAGGUACUUGUUGAAAAGUCAAUCAUCCAAUGUUGAUAGUGAAAAAAAUAUUUCACAUAUGAAAAUCUUCGAUCCUGAGAGUGAAGUCCCUAAAGAAGAAAGAUCCAAUAAUGGUUAUGAUGCAGCAAUAGAACCAGAUCGUCCUGCCUUCACCUCAAAGUUCAAUUCGGAACAUGAAGUAGGAUACGAAGAACUUUUAGCAGUUGGGGACGACAUGUUGAGAAUGGAGUGUAUGCCAAAGAAUUACCUGAUUGAUGACAAUAAUAGAGUAGGAAUGAAGAAACUCUCUUGGCAUGGUCAAAUGACAUUGAAGGUCUAAAAUUCUGAUGCAUCUUUCUUUUAGGAGAGUGAUCUUCAUAAGACUCUGGAAAUUUUCAUUCAUCAUCUCAUUGAUAUCUUAUUCUUGGUUCCCUUUUCGCGUUCCUCCUUUGUUGCCUUGGUAAAACAGUUUAACUUGGAGUUUGCAAUAUCUUAAGAUGUCUAAUCUUUCUAUGGGCAUAAUUUAUCAUGUAUUCUUAGUCAUAUGCUUAUAAUUUUCAGUUCUGUUUGUGUUCUCAAGUGUCUAUGUUGUUGAACCUUUGAUAUGUUGUUUUUGUCUUUCUUAACUAUCUUUUGAUAGAAAGAAAUAUUCCCAUUGUGUGAGAUA